UUGUGUUUAGUGGCAUUUCGAAAAUCACUGUCCUCGAGUGCGUGCUUAUCUUCAUCGAGCAAAAGUAAAAUCAAUCUGAAACCCAGAAAUAAAUAGGAAUCUUGGAAGUCAGGAUUCGCGUGAGUGGUAGUUUUAGAGCUCCGCGCAGAAAAAGUGGUACCCGGUGACGAAAAGCAUUCGUUUUUCAGUUCGGUGUGCAAGUGUUAAAGUGCCGUAUUUUACUCAGUUUUUGACGGUGGCAGCUUUUCGAAAACGUGGGACGAAAACAAGAAAAAAACACCGCUAGCUGCGAUUGCCAUCGUCGGAACAUCGUUGCGUCAGAUUGAUUGAAAACAGCUGCCCUUCGGUUCCCAGUUAAGAUCUUGUGAAUGUUAUUCUAAAGAAGUGUUUACAGUUAAAAUGUCCAGAUUUGUGCUUGCCAGAAGAUGCAUUGAGGCAAUCGCGACCUUCGGUAGCUCCAGCACUGCCGCCGGUAGAGCUGCUCCGAUUACACAAUACAAAAAUUGCCGACCGCUUUCGACCCAGGCUGGAAAAGUCCAUCAGACGUCGGGUGGAGUCGAACAGCAGCAGCAGCCGGCAGAUCCAGAAGCGGUUCACGUCGAACUCCAUCAGCGUUUGACUCAGCUUUUCGAGGAGGAAACCAAACGUUGUCUGAUUGUGCCACCGUUCAAGCGAGCGUUGCUCUACGGGGACAAAUCGGCCAUCAGGGAUCACACCGGAGAUUACAGCUUCAUCCAGAUUUACGAGGCAGUCAAGCGUUUGGCGCUACAGAUUUCCAACUGUUGCGGAAGUGCAUCACAAUCUCGAGUAGCAUUCAUCUGUCCUAAUAACGCGACAUAUGUGAUCAGUCAAUGGGCCUGUUGGUUUUCCGGACAAAUCGCUGUUCCUCUAAACCCAAAAUAUCCACAAGACUUACUGGAAUAUUACAUCAAAGAUUCGGACGCAUCACUGCUCAUUGCAACACCAGAAUAUCAGAAUAUCGCCCAGCCUCUGGCAACCAAGUUGGACAAGAAGCUCCUUUUGGUACAUCACGAUUUGCUGAAAGUUGAUACCAAGCAGACCGAAGAAGGAGAAACGUCAUAUCUGGAUCCGAAACGCGAAAAUUUACUGCAACUCAAUGAUAGCUUGGUUGUGGAAGGUUGUCUAAAUGGAGAGUUUUACCGGGAUUCCAGUGCCCUCAUAUUGUAUACCUCUGGAACAACCGGCAAACCAAAGGGUGUAGUGCUAAGCUUUGCCAACCUGGAUGCACAAUUCAGCGCAUUGUCACAUGCUUGGCAGGUCAAAGGAAAUGAUUCUGUGCUCCACGCACUUCCUCUAAAUCACGUCCAUGGAACCAUCAAUGCGUUGAAUCUACCAUUGUCUGUUGGUGCCAAGUGUGUCAUGUUGCCUAAGUUCGAUAGUAGCAGCGUUUGGAGCUAUCUAUUGAACAUCAAUAUGACCAGCAAAGAAAGAGUCAACAUGUUCAUGGGAGUUCCAACGAUGUAUGGAUUGCUUAUCAAGGAAUUCCACAAUGUGUUUGAGAAAAAUGCUCGAAUGAGCGACUACGUGAAAACUCACUGCAAGAACAAGAUUAAAUUGAUGAUUUCCGGAUCAGCACCUCUGCCUGGCACAAUCUUUGAUAGGUGGUUCGAAAUCACCGGUCAUAAAUUGUUGGAACGAUACGGAAUGACCGAAAUUGGUAUGGCUAUUUCUAAUCCGUUUAUCCAGGAUAAAACUAGAGUACGCAAGCAGGGCUGCGUUGGAAUGCCUUUGCCAGGAGUAAGUGUUAAAAUUGUGGACAAAGAGCAUAACAAAGAGCUGAUCCUUGAAGGAAAGGCAAACGAAGGCUACUGGAACCCCACUCCGGAUGCAAAUGUGGCAGACGCUGCCGUUGAUCAGAAGAUAAGCGGAAACGUUUAUGUGAAAGGUCGUUCAGUCUUUCAAGAAUACUGGCAGAAACCCGAGGAAACAAAAGCAGAAUUUGAAGAUGGAUGGUUCAAAACAGGCGACACAGCAGAAUACAGCGAUGGAACAGUUAAGAUACUUGGCCGAACAUCAGUCGAUAUUAUCAAAUCCGGUGGCUAUAAACUGUCAGCACUGGAAAUCGAAACCGCUCUUCACGAACAUCCACAAACCACAGAUGUAGCGGUAAUCGGAUUGCCGGACGAAACUUGGGGCGCAAAGGUGGUGGCCAUUAUCAGUGUCAAAGAUCCAGAAACGUUCAGCAUUCCUCGGUUGCUGGUAUGGCUCGAAAAUAAGCUGCCGAAGCAAGCAAUUCCCAAGGAAGUUAAGAUAAUCUCCGAAGUUCCCAGAAACGCUAUGGGCAAAAUCAACAAAAAAGAACUGACCGAAAAACUGUAUGGUGCCGAUGCCGAACAACAGAAUCAGGAGAAAGUGGUUAAGUAAGUCAGGACGAAUGAUACAUGUUUCGUGUUUUCCAUUUAUUGCUUAGUUUCAUGUAAUACAACUACAUUUAUCCUAUUUUCGCUGCUAUUGGCGAGAAAUGGUAUAUGAUAAGAUCAUGAGAUAAGUAACAACUAGUCAGGGAAGUCAAAUUGCGACACGCGGAAGGACUAGAUUAGUUACGUGUAACAAUUUGUGCACAUACGUGUUUGAAAAAAAAAAACGCAUUCUUACACAUUAAAAAUCACUUAUCUUACAACGGUAUAGCUUUUUCCUAAAUAAAGCUUACACAGUUCAAUAUUAGCCGGAAAAGCUACAAUGAAUAAAAUUUGAAACAUUCACUGACAACGUUGUUGAAGUACUGAUAUAAUAA